UUCUACACUUAUUAAGGUCCUGUUGAAGUUCUCUCCUAAACAAACCGUCAGCGUUCUGCCUGUGAGAUGUGAAGGCCGAUCAGCAGGUGGAGCCAGCAACACAUGUUUAAUCCAGUAAUCCCGCUCUGAAGGACGCACCAGGCUCUGACCACCUCUCCCUCUCUCCCCCCGGGUUAAUUGACAGCUGCAGAGUGUGAGUCAGCUGAGUGUUGAGGCUCGGCCCUCCCAGAUGUGGGGCUGGGCGUCUGUGCGGUGAGUCCACCGCAGUGAAAUCUGAGUCCUCCGGCCUGGCUGCUUGUAUUUUGGGAUGUUUUACACGGGGCAGGACAAAGACACGUUUCCAGGCGGCAGCGCAGUCUGAGCAGAUGUUUCUGCUCUGGGAAAAGCAGCAGAAGAAGAAGCGACCUUGUUUCUGCAGAAGAAGGAAGAGUGAAAGACGAUAUGGCUGAAGAUGUCUGUGGAUUCUGAUAACGCCUGUGUUUUGCUGUCACCGCGAGACUCCAGGUCCUCCUGCGUCUUCCAAACCGCAGACGAGAAAGAUGACCUCCCAGAAGUGGGAGAGGAGAGUGUCCUGGAGAUGCUGAGCUACUCCAAGUUCUCCGACCUUGAGACAUGGCUGUGUAUGCCGUCCUCGCUGCUGCUGCCCAGGGCCCUGGACUCCACCCGCACCACCUCCUCCUCCUCCUCCUCCUCCUCCUCACAUACAUCCAACCACUCUUCCAAUUCCCCGCCAAUCUCCUCCUCCUCCUCCCCGGCCUCCAACUCCCGUCGCUCCACCUGCAGCGAGUCAGGAGAGGCCGACACACCACUCAGGUCACCAGGGGGGGACUCCACCUUCCUCACCCCCGCGCUGGCGAAGGAGAUGCCCUUUCUGGCCACGUCCCUCCUCCCCGUCCUCUCCUCCACGCCUGCCGCCGCCGUGCAGGGCUCAGGGACGUCAGCCAAAGACUCCGCCUCCCGGAGCGGCGUCAGCAUCAGGAAGCGGCGGCGGCUCGCUGCCAGUCCUGGAGGACUCCACUGGAACUCUGCAGAAAAACACAACCGUACAGCUUCUGAACUCAAGUUUCACUCCUUCACCAGACUAAUGACUCUGAACUGAACUAAAAAACCCUGA